CCACAAGACUAUAUAGCCCACGACAGCCAAAUAAUAAUGAAUCAUUUCAUAAAUAAUGGGUUUAGGGGCUUAUCGGUAAUGAAGAGGCCGCUGCCGUGCGCUUAUCUCACUCGGCCACAUUGCGGCCUGUGUUCCGCUCCCCAUGCAGAGGGAGCGCACUGGAUGCGGCGAGGAAUAACUCAGAGAGGCGCGCGCGCCCAUACACACACACGCUCUCACACACCCAUACACACUGCUCCUAAACUGGUGGAAAAAAAAGAAAAAGCUCAGACAUGGAUGACCCACUCACAAAAUGGCUCCACUUACACAGUAACAUCAACAACACGUCUGGAGCGGUCUUUAUAAGGACACCGAAUGAGGCUUUUUUCUGACACGGACGCCUCAAAUCAUCUUUUGAUAAUGAAAUAAUUAAAUGUAGGAGUGCAGGGUGGACUUUAACGACGGGUGAAGGAUUAAAAAUGAUGGAAAAACGGCAGCAGGAGCUUUGUCCUGGAAGUCCCGACGCGGGCUCCGGUCCUGGAAAGUGGGAGGAUUCCGCCAUCAUCUCCAGACAAAACGGAUACAAGGAGGACGAGGAGCCUCGGAGAGAGGAGGAGAGAGAAGAAGAAGAAGAGGAGGAGGAGGAGGAGGAAGAAGACGACGAGGAGAGGGGAGGGAGCUUCAAAGGCGCUGAGGAGACGGAUGACGUUCCUCUGCAGAACUCGAGCAACGGGACCAGCAUUAUCAUCAACGGCGUUGCCAAGGAAACUGCCUCUCACAACGCCCUUGACCUGAAAAGGGAAGUGCCGGUGAUCGAGCUCUCCAGGAGGGAGGCUAUAAAAGUGCUAGAGCCGAGGACUGAAAGCCAUUUGGUGCCGAUCACAGAACUUCGCAGACCUCCACCGCUGCCGCUCCCUCCGCCGCAACGAGACGACGCUCGAAUGGUCCAACUGAGCCCAAACGCGUUUCCUGUCCCGGCCCGGGCGAUGCUCUACAACCUGGCGCAGCCUCUUGCAGCCAUCAACAGUCUUGGAGGGGAGUCGGAGCAGUACAGCAUGUACCCCAGCAACAGGGUAAAGCGCCGCCCGGCGCCUUAUGAGGUUGAACUCGACGAGGGUAGGCGCAUUUUAGAUCUUUAUAAGUAUGCCGGCCAGCCGAAGAUCGUGCGCCGCAUCUUCACAAACAGUCGUGAACGCUGGCGCCAGCAGAAUGUGAACGGCGCCUUUGCAGAGCUCCGCAAACUCAUCCCCACUCACCCUCCAGACAAGAAGCUGAGCAAAAACGAGAUCCUGCGGCUGGCGAUGAAGUACAUCAGCUUCCUCUCCAACCUCCUGGAGGAUCAAGACGGCGGGAGGAACGUUGGCAGCACAACUGAGGGGGACACGGGACUGCUGGUUGGUGUCGCAACGCACGAGGGGGGCCCUCAGGGCGCGCCGCACCAGGACACUGUGGUAGACUUGGCGAGGGAUGAUCUUGUAGAGACAAUGUCCCCAGGUUCCAGCUGUGGAAGCCUGCCCGACGGGGAUGCUGAAGGCAGUCCGGAGAGCUUCAUGGAAGACCAGGACUCACCUCCAGCUACGAGGACUCUAACAGCUUCACGUGGGGCCCCGCUUCAUCUCGCCGCGAGAGACCUAAGGCGCAAUGGGCGUCCAUUAGAUGGUUCCAGUCGCCGAUGAUAAAGAUGCCGACAAACCAACAACAUGUGACAGUAAAAAUAAGCAAAGAUAUUAACAAAAAUCAGAAAGAAAUCAUCAGAACACUGUUAGACUUUGGUCAACGGUGUAGAAAGGAGAACCAAACCACUCACCGUAUGGUAAAAAAGUGGAUCCAGAGCUGGCUUUGUUCUCCUCUUUCAAUCUCAGAUAGUACUCUUGAAUAGUUUGCUUUACUUUCAACCCACUUGUACAUUCUGUCUGCAUGUCUAAUUUUGUUCAACUGACCUGCAAAUUACGAUUUUAUGACUUAAAAGUCGCAAAGUCAUAAGAAUUUUACAAAAAAAGAGUAAACGAACAAACAGCUUUCAUUAAAAAAAAAGUUUUUAAUUGAAAUAGUGCCUCAAUUUUGAACGGCAAACCCACAACCGGUCUACUAUGCUCGUAGAAUCCUGCAGAUAGAAAAACCCAGUAAAACCGUUAGACCAGGAAGGGGAGUUAGCUGUACUUUCACAGGCGCAGUCAUGUAUAAAUUGUAAAUAACAUUAUAUUUCCACGGCACAAUUGAAAAACUAUGACUAAACUCAAGUCAUGUGGUUUAACAUGUACCAUAGUGCGCUUGUCAAUCAGUUUACUGGCUAAAAUGUCUUUAGUGGGCAUGACAUGAGGGGAGAAUUAGAAGAAAGACAUCAGAACUCACACUAAAGUACAGCAAAUGUGGUACCUUCUUUUCCUUGUUACACUUUGGUGAUCAAAAAAAAAAAAUAUGUUGACUGACCAAAUAUUGAUUUUGUUGUCUAGAGUAAAUAUACCUAUCAAAAUUAUUGUGGAGGUACAAAGACGACGAGAGCUCAAAAAGCGUACAAAAAAAUGGGUCAAAUGAGAUCACUGAAAAUGGCUCUUUUUGAUAUGAAUGUUUCAGUGUUUUUUAAACUGUAAUGCAGUUGUAGUUUAGUAAGGUACACCGAUGAAUCCCUUUUUGACACACACACUCACAAACCACACACAGCAGCAACACACACUGUUCAUAUCCUAAGAAAACCAGCAGUUGUCUGACAAAGACAGUUUGUGUUGCUCACUGUUGCUGUUAAUUCUGCUUUUUUCAGCAGGACCUAGUAGCCUAUAUUGGUACCUUUGACAAUUAUGGUAUUUUAUGAAUUGCAGUAAAAGGCGACAUUGUACAUUUGGUAUAGGCAUCAUUGUUGUAUGAUAGCUGUAUCUAUAAACACUUCCAAUGGUAAAUUGGUGAAUUUUAUAUAAAAGUCCUAAAUAAAAACAUGAGAAAAACAA